AUGGAUUCUGACGACGAUGGUGGUGUUGGCGGGCGAGGAGGUUCUAAGGACGUUCAGGAUGAUGAUUUCGAUUCAUCUCCUCGUCCAGCAAAGCGACGCAGAACGACUGUAACACCGGCAGCCAAGGCAAAGAAGCAAUCAACGACUCGCAAGGCAGCUGCAACCAAGAAAUCGAACACAAAGAAGAAAGCCACCAAGGAGGAUUCCAUUAUCGACGACGAGGAUGACGCGUUUGACCCUCCAGUCGCUGCAGCAAAACCAAAACGUAAGUCACGGGUUUCGAAAAAGGCUUCUAUCAAGGAUGAUGAGAGUGUGCUUGGCGAGUCGGACGACACCAUAGGACGAAGUGCGACUAAGCAACCACGCAACUCACGGAAACGAGCAUCAACUGGAUCUGGUUCUGAAGACGUCGACGAUGAGGACGACAAGAAAGCGGCAAAGCCGAAGCAUCGUAUUCAUGUCCCAGCCAUGCAAGAUCUCUUGGUGGACAGGUUCGCAGACGGGGAACCACCGGAAUCUUCUGCUCCUUGGAGUAUCAGAGGUCCAAUCUGGAAGAAGGAUGUACUGGCGCCAAAGCAGCCGCAAGUAAUGCCAACUCCAGCUCGUCAGCCUUCGCUACUGAAAAGCACGCUCAAUCAUUCGGUGCUGAGAAACAACGUCAAUGCUCAAAACCGGACUUCGCCAGUUCGAAAUCAGCAUGUCGCGAUGAACUCUGUCACGAUGCAUCAUCCUGUUGUAGAGAAGACUCGACCGCAGGAUGUGUUCGCUGUAACGCCCAACACACAUUCCGACGCCUGGGGAGACAUGAGUGAUGACAUCGACUCUGAACUUUUGAUGGGCUUGUUAGCGGACCAACCUCAGCAGAACAACAAUGCGCCGAAAGCUAAACCGUUCAUGGAAGAGUCCAGUAGUGACGACUUUGACACCGAGGAUCUCAUCAUGCUGGAAGCAGAUACCCCACAGGCUAGAGAAACAAUGCUUCGCAAAUCGCCAACGCGUAGCCCACCUCUCGCAAAGACAGUAUUCGCCAAACCAAUCUCUCCACCACGUGAGACAGUCCCGGCAGAUGAGGACUCUGCAGAUGAACUUUACAGAUCACCAACCCGCAGUCCACGCCCUGCCAAACCUCGUUCUCCACGACGACCGACGGCUCCAGCACGACAGACAACAGCUCCACCGAUCGUAGACUUUGCAGAUGAACUUGCAGACCUGCCAUCAGAUGCUUUCGACUCCGAUGAUCAGACUCCGGCUAAGAACCUUGGGGGUCCGAUCUGCAUAUCCUCGUCACCACCGAAAAUGGUGACAGUGGCAGCAGCAGCACCCAAGCCAAACUUGGCUCCUCCGCGUGGUGGAUUGGUGCAGAAGACGUUGUUCGGUGGCACGGUUAUGCCGAUGGGCCCGGCUACUCAGGCCAACAAGAGACAUGCCUGGCCAUUGGCAACACAAAGAGAACCACCAACCCAUCACAAGCUCAACGAAGAAGCGACUCAGACCUGGGUCUACCCUACCAAUUUGGGAACCACCCGCGACUAUCAAUUCAAUAUUGUCAGCAGAGGCCUAUUCCACAAUUUACUGGUUGCCUUACCCACUGGUCUCGGUAAAACAUUUAUUGCUGCCACGAUUAUGCUGAACUGGUUCCGCUGGACGGACAGUGCACAAAUCGUCUUCGUAGCACCCACAAAGCCCCUUGUUGCUCAACAAGUUGAUGCUUGUUUCAAUAUUGUAGGCAUUCCUCGUUCACAAACUGUGAUGCUCACGGGUGAGACUUCGCCUGGUCUGAGAGCAGAAGAAUGGAAGACGAAACGAGUCUUCUUCAUGACUCCACAAACAAUCAUCAAUGAUCUCAAGACAGGCCUUUGCGACCCAAAGCGAAUUGUCCUGAUUGUCGUCGAUGAAGCGCAUCGUGCGACAGGUAACUACGCUUAUGUUGAGGUUAUUAAAUUCGUUCGUCGUUUCAAUACAAGCUUUCGAGUACUUGCUUUGACUGCCACACCUGGUUCUGAUGUCCCAGCAGUACAGCAAGUCAUCGAUGGUCUUGACAUAUCGCGAUGCGAGAUUCGCACAGAGACAUCUCUAGACAUUAGACAGUAUGUCCACAGUCGUGACAUCGAUGUCAUCAAGUUCGACUACUCUGAAGAGCAACAAAUCAUCAUGGAGCUUGCCGGAAAUGCUAUUCGUCCGGUGCUUCUGAAGCUUGCCAGUCAAAACGCCUACUGGAACAAAGAUCCAAUGAAACUCACAGCCUUUGGUUGUACUGAAGCUCGGAGAAAGUGGUUCGGUACAGACGCUGGCAAAAAAGCACCACAAGCGGUGAAGGGCAUGGUCAACAGCAUCUUUGUAGUCCUCGGAAGUCUUGGUCAUUCCAUCUCUAUGCUCAGGUUCCACGGUAUCACUCCUUUCUACAAUGGAAUGGUCGAGUUCAGAAACAAAGUCGAUGGAGGCGAACUCAAGGGCAAAUACGGAGCACAAAUCCGCGAUGACGAAAACUUCACCAAGAUGAUGAACAUGAUGCUGACCUGGACCCGCAACCCUGAGUUCCUUGGACAUCCAAAGUUGGAGCAUCUCAGAACCGUGGUCUUGAACCACUUUCUCGACGCUGAAGAGAAAGCAGCAGCACCAGGAGGACAACCCUCGAGUACUAAGAUCAUGAUUUUCGCGGCAUACCGUGACAGUGCUGAGGAAAUCGUUCGUGUUCUGAACAGAAACCAGCCUAUGAUCAGACCACACGUUUUCGUUGGCCAAGCCGACUCGAAGAACUCGGAAGGUAUGAAUCAAAAACGUCAGCUCGAGGUCAUCAAACAGUUUAAAGAGGGCAAAUACAACACUCUAGUUGCCACAUCCAUUGGUGAAGAGGGUCUCGAUAUCGGAGAAGUUGAUCUCAUUGUUUGCUAUGACGCUUCUGCCUCACCUAUCAGAAUGCUCCAACGUAUGGGACGUACCGGAAGAAAGCGAAGGGGAAACAUCGUCCUACUCCUGAUGAACGAGAAGGAAGUUCCUGAUUUCGAAAAGGCGAAAGACAAUUACGAGAAGAUGCAGGGAAUGAUCGCUUCUGGCAAAGACUUCACCUUCCACGAUGAUAGAUCACCUCGUAUCCUUCCCAGAGAAACGCAACCAGCUGUGGACAAGAGAGUUGUGGAGAUUCCUGUGGAAAACUCACAAGCUGAGCUUCCUGAGCCAAAGAAACGUCGUGGAAAGGCUCCGAAGGCACCCNCGAAGAAGUUCCACAUGCCUGACAACGUUCGGACAGGAUUUGUUGCAGCAGGUAGGAUGGACGACGAAGAUGCAGAGGAAUUGGCACCUCGCGGCAAAGCCAAGGGCAAGAAAGCAACUACUGCUUCGGUCAAGAAAAUGUUCCGUCCUCCUCCAGGACUUGAGGCGGUGCCCAUACCAUCGCUCGACGACGUUUACCUGAACAAGAUCUGCGAACGUGAGCUUGAACGCAAAUACAAGUACGUCCAAAACACAAAUGACCGUGCUCCAACUGUCGGUCUACCGCGACUGGACCGAUUCUCAAGUUCAUUCCCUGGACCGACCAAAUACAUCUCACAUGGAAGAGCUUCUUCAGCAGCUUUGAAUUUGAUGAAGCGAUUGGGCAGCAUGAACGACGAUGUCGUGCAAGACUUCAAGGACAAUUUCCAUCAGUCAGACCUCGAAGGUGACGUGUCUGAGAUGCUGGGAGACCCUACUGUUGUAGAUCUCUCGUAUGCAGAUCUGCCAGUAGCCAAACCUGUCAAAGCAAGAAAGGCGCCUGCCAAACCAAGAGUUCCCAAAGCUCCCAAGGAACCGAAAGAGCCAAAAGCACCGAAAGCCCCCAAAGCUUCAAAGGCUCCUAAAUCACCGCCUGUAGCAAAAACACCCAAACCUCGCGGUCGUCCCAAGAAGCAGACAGCCAGGCAAAACAGCUCAGAUAUGGAAGGUUCAUCUUCGAGCCCAGAACCCACGCCUGCUCAUCUACGCCUCGGUACACAAGGUAUCGAUCUCGGCUCUGCAGAUACAUCUGGCGAAGAAGGUCAUGAUCAGGAAGACGAGGCUGACUCCGAGCUCGAUGACUUUGUCGUCAGCAGCGACGCACCUAUAGAGUUUGCCUCGAGCUCUCAGCCGCGUGCCCACAACUCUUCAAAGAGAAACAGACUCAACCUGUUCACCCAAGACAAUAUCGCCGAGGAGAGUGAUGAAGACUUGCCCGACUUUGGACCAUCUAGCAUGCCGGACGAGGUUGUUGAGGAGGUGUCUGAUGGAGAUGAGGAUGCUGCUCCUGUGCGCAGACAACAGGGAAGGAGAAGACAGGUUGUUGAUGAUGAUAGUGAUGAGUGA